AUGAGUGACUGGUUUGUGGAUGAUGAGGGGUCGUGGUUUAGUACUGGGCAAGUGUGGACAGCUGAGUCUGGAUCAUCGAGUUCAGAACCGUCGAGCAAUUCGGAGCACUGGAUCGUAGUGACGGAUUUGGAACAGCAGACACUAACAGAUCAUGAUAGCAGCAAUGAUUGGGACGAGGACGUACAUCUUAUGCCAAGAGACAACGUGCAGCCCAGCACAAUGGUGAAUGAGUAUGGCGAACACAUGACAUGGCCAGUACAUUACCCUGAGGAGGAGAGAGUGGUGCCAUCUACCCAAGUCAUAGAGAUCAAUUCAGGCGAGACUACACCAAACUCUUGGGGAUAG